AUGUCUGAUACUGAAGAUUACGUAAAACCUGACGAACGCGAAACAGAACAAGAGAGACUCGAAAGAGAGAGAGAAGCCAAAGAACAGGCAGAAUUACCCUACACUUGGAAACAAACUCUCCAAGAUGUCGACGUGACCAUUCCGGUUCCCAAGGGCACACGUAGCCGAGACGUCAUUGUUGAUAUCAAAAAGAAUCAUUUCAAAGUGGCACUCAAAGGACAAGAUCCUAUUGUUGAGGGUGAGCUGUGUCAAUCAGUAAAAGUAGACGAUAGCACAUGGACUAUUGAAGACCAAAAGGAAAUACUCGUUCACCUCGAAAAAGUAAACCAGAUGCAGUGGUGGGAAAAUGUGGUCAAGGGCGCGCCCAAGAUCAACACACAAAGGAUUCAACCAGAGAAUUCCAAGUUGAGUGACUUGGAUGGAGAGACAAGAGCUAUGGUUGAAAAGAUGAUGUUUGACCAACGUCAAAAAGCAAUGGGUUUACCAGAUAGCGAUACAUUAAAGAAGCAGCAAAUGUUUGAAAACUUCAAGAAGCAGCAUCCUGAAAUGGAUUUUAGUAAUGUAAAGCUGACAUAA